GACGUAUCUCCAACAGGAGGACUUUGCGAUGGUCCUGGAGCUGCUCAAAAAGGCCGAAAUUCUCACGGAGCGGGACCCGGCCGGUCGCGCGGUCACGUUCAAUAAUCUAGCGUGUUACUACCGACGGCAGGGGAAGCUCCAUGCUGCGCUCCAGUACCUCCAGAAGGCGCUCAAAAUAGAAGGUCGGUUGGAAAGCGUGGACAACCCGGCGGACACGUAUCUGAACGCGUGUGCGGUUCUCUCGCAACUAGGAAGACAUCAAUCCGCUCUCGAACACGCCCAGCAGGCUUUGAUCUUGUUGCAGGAGGAGUUAUCCUCGGUACUCGGUAGUGAUAACGCGGGGCCCCCCAAAGCAGAUAGAGUAGCUGUAUUGGCUAUCGCCUACCACAACGUGGGCGUGGAACAGGAGUUCCUCAAGAAGCACAACCAGUCGUUACAAUCCUAUAGGAAGGGUGUGGAAGUCGCCGAGCGGUAUUUGGGAGGAGAUCACGCAAUUACUUCUACCUUGAGAAACUCCUGCGUCGCGGCGCGAAGGACGAUGCUCGCGCGGGACCCGCAAGCUCGAUUGCAGGGCAUGGGGAAGAAGGCCGCUCGACGAGCCCCUGGCGGCGUCGUCGACAAGACGCUGAAGAAGGUCGGGGGCAUGAUCUCGCCGCGGGGCUAGCCUCUUUGUAUAAUUGCGGUUGCUCCUAUCUUGUUGGUGGCAUGGGUCUGGACUCGUAGUGUAGAAUCGUAGUGUGGCGCGGCGCCCAGGCCAGGUUUCGGGCCACCGUGCUUCGCUGAGUCGCGGGCCGCGCGCCGUCUUUCGUAGUAGCAUACUUCCGUCUGAGUGGAGCUGCCAAGGGAGGACAAGAGCAAAGUUCGGGUUUUUCGGGUGUCGGACGAUUCUCCUGUUUGCCGUCGCGGGACGGCGGGGACGGCUGUGUGGACCCCUAGACCUGUCCCUGCAGCGAUCUGCUACUCGAAAUUCAGUGCUCGUCGCAGGAGAAGAGAGACUCGGGUCGUCCGCAAAUUAAGGGCUGCGCCAACGCGAGCGCCAUCCCUUUCACGCCCUUAGGCAACCCCGGCGCAACCACUGACCGGCCCGCGAGUGGGGAUAAACCCAAAAUUCGCCCCCGGCUCAGCGCUCUUGCGCGAUCGUGUCGCACCAAUGGCCGAGCUUACAUCCGCCAAAAAGCCCCGCAGGACACGGCAACCAACGGAAAAGCGCUUGCCAGUGUCCAGCCCCGCCCGCGCGACAGAGAUCACGCCUCAAGGGGGCAGUCCUAGCCACUCGCUCGCGCGACCGCACCGAGUCGCCGCGAGAAGGGAAUCGGCCCGGGGCCAGCGCGCGGCCCCCGAGACGCGCCCGCGGCGCCUUCGGCCGCUCGAAGCUCACGCCGCGCCCCCCGCGCAUCCCGCAGGUACACCGAUGAGCCGGACGCGCGCCGCCGCGUGGAAAACACCCCUCGCGCAGCCCGGACGCGGCGCCUUCGCUUGACAACGACCCGGGCCGGCCCGCGGCGCCGCACGAGGCCUGCGCAGCCCUUCCCCGCGCCCGCUCCGCGCGCGUGACCGCCAAAAAACACCCGUUCUGCACGAAAACGCCUCUCGCCGCGCGCCAGAGAGAGCGCCUUUCACGAGUUUUCGCCCGGGCGCGCCGCGAGGCCUGCUCGCCGCACCCACGCCAUCGCGCGCCAUAUCACCACCAAAAAAUCACGCGCCCUCCCCCAAACGCAGUGGUCCGCGCGCGAGCAGGAGCUCUACCAGAUGGCUCUGGAGAACUCGAAGCUCGAGACGAAGCUCGCCACGCUGAGCGACCGGCCCAUCCCGGAUGCGCCCGUGUUUAGACCGACCGCGGCGCAGUUCCGCGACCCGCUGCGCUACGUGGCCUCGAUCAGGAGAGAAGCCGAGCCCUUCGGCAUCUGCAAGAUCGUCCCGCCGCGCGGCUGGAAGGUUGAGUCUGCUGUGGACUGGAAUUCCACAAAAAAAUUUGCGACGAAGCGGCAGCGGCUCCAUGAAUUGGGCGAGGGCCAGCCCUUCGGCGACGGCCGCGAGUACACCCUGGAAGAGUACCGGCGCAUGGCCGACGCGUUCUAUGCUAGAAGAAUAGCGAAGUACCCCGACCUCAAAGGAGACGCGUUACUGAAACGCCUCGAGGAGGACUACUGGGCCAUCGUCGACCAAGUAAGGGAGAAGCUAGAUGUAGAAUAUGGCAACGACAUCGACGUGAACGAAUUUUGGAGUGGCUUCCCGCGAGGCGUCGACAUCGAUCAACUCUCAGAUAAAAAUCUGCCGCAAAGUGUCGAGGAUCCGUCCUACGUAAAACAGUCGGGCUGGAACCUGAACAACACGGCGCGCUGGCCCGGUUUUUUGUUGAGACGCCACGACGCGCCGCUGCCGGGCGUGACGCAGCCGUGGCUGUACAUGGGCAUGCUCUUCGCGACGUUCCCGUGGUCCGCGGCUCGGCGCAGAAAUGACCUUGAACGUGACGCGGUCGCGUCGAUGGCGUCUUCAUGAGCCCACGUCGCCGCGAUGGCGUCGACGCGGCCGUCAGAGAGUCCACGCGUCUCGUUAGAGAACAGACGUGGUCUUCAUGAAGACGUCGACGCGGCCACGUGAGAGCGUUGCACGCAGGCACAACGAGGACAACUACUUCGAGUCCAUCAACUACCACCACACCGGCGCGCCGAAGCAGUGGUACGGCAUCCCCGGUUCGGAGGCGGCGCGCUUCGAAGACGUCGUCCGCCGCUUCCACAAGCAAAGACUACUAGAAGUUCCUGACUUGUUACAUAGGAUCAACCUCCAGAUCUCGCCCGCGAAAUUAGCUGCUCUGGAGGUGCCGAUCCACCGCAUCUGCCAGAACCCCGGAGAAUUUGUGGUCACGUUUCCGCAGGCCUUUCACGGCGGCUUUUCGUAUGGAUUCAAUUGUGGGGAGGCCGUGAACUUCGCGACGCCGGACUGGGUCCAGCACGCUAGAGUUGCCAAUGAGAGAUAUCGGAGGUCCGGUCGAUUGGCGGUCAUUUCUCAUGAUCGGCUCAUGUUUACAUUACGAGCGAACGAAGGUAGAGAUACGAUCGAUGGCCAGGCUAGAACAAUACUAAGAGAAGAACUCCGACGAUUGGUAGUAGAAGACCUCAAACUAAGGGACGCGGCCUACGCGAGCGGCGUGCGCGACAUUAGUAAAUUAUGCACGCCGCCGGCGAACAAGACGGACGUUAUUAAUAUAGCGGCGACGACGUAUGAUGAUAAGCGUAUUUGCAUUGCCUGCCAGCACACGUGCUUUUUGAGUGCUGUUGGUUGUGAGUGCUCCAAAAAAGAUAUAGUGUGCUUGCGCCACGUCGCCUACUCGUGCCAGUGCCCGAAUUCCAUGAAGUACAUGAUCGAGUGGGAAUCGAGGGACGCGCUCGAGGCGUUGUUGAAGGAGCUCGACGCCGAGCUCGGGCCCUUACCGAAGAAGCGGGGAAGGGACCUCCCUAUCCCGGGCGGCGCGCAGGUCGCCGAGGACCGCGGUUUGGAUCCGCCGCCCUCUCUCGAAGAGCAGGCUCGCAUGGCGUCGGCGCUGGCGACGCCGCGGCUCCCCGGCACGACGGCCGGCCCGCUCUAGUCCCUUCCUUCCUCCCCCCAAUCAAUCGUCUAAGAAUCUACUACUGAA